GUACUUUUUCGGUGAGGUAAAAGUGUGUUGUGUUAUUUAGCGUAACAUGCACUUUGAACCGAUAUUGUACUUUUCUCUCUCCUAUACAUGUUUUGUCAUUCAGUGAAGACCGUGUUUAUUAUUGGUUAGCGUAUUAGCUCCUACACUGAUAAACCAGCAUUUCGGCUAGCCUUAUUGUUGUUCGUUAGCCGCCUAGCUAGCUAACGGUUGAUCGGUCGGCAUAUGGUAUGGACCUAGAGACUGUUUACUUCAGUGUAUAAAUAUUCUUUGAUGGUUUAACCAGUCUUAGCUUAGAGGACGAGUAGCUGGACUUUUGCUGUCAUACCUGAACUAAACAGAGUACAUUGUUGUUGUUGUUGUUGUUAUUAUUAUUAUUAUUUUGCUUUCAGUUUGACCUGGCUGUGUUGUAACAGCUCCGUUCUGUCAGUUGGACUAACUGAGGUGUUAUUAAGGGCAAAGUCGUGUGGUGUUGUGUUGUGUGAUUAAACCCUAGCAGGCUCUGUCUACUGGUCAUGGCGAAAGAUCCCCUAGCAGAAGCUGGACUUCAUUUCGAUGAACUGAACAAGUUACGAGUGCUCGAUCCAGAUGUUUCCCAGAAGACCACCGAGCUCAAAGAAGAAUGCAAGGACUUUGUUGAUAAGAUUGUCCAGUUUCAGAAGAUAGUGGGUGGACUUAUUGAAAUGGUGGAUGAACUGGCCAAGGAAGCAGAAAAAGAAAAAAUGAAGGCGAUAGGUGCUAGAAAUCUGCUGAAAUCUGUUGCUAAACAACGAGAGGCUCAGCAGCAACAACUACAGGCUCUAAUUGCAGAGAAGCGGAUGCAGCUGGAAAGGUACAGAAUUGAAUAUGAAGCUCUCUCCAAAGUCGAAGCGGAGCAAAAUGAGUUCAUUGACCAGUUUAUGCUGCAGAAAUGAUCUUUUCUUCAGCGUUUUGGCAAGAGGACAGAAAACUAUGAUGCUAUGCGUCUCUUUGACAAUGACUUCGCUAAUAAGAAGUGGGAUUCUCUCUUCAUCUGUUUCAAUACGUAAAUUUAACAACCUCAACAUAUGACCCAUAUCAUGACCAGUUCCUGGGGUUACAAAUGUAAUGCAUCUGUUCCAGAAUAAGGCAUUAGAUACAAGUAUUUAUAUAAAACAACAUAUUUAUACUAUUUAUAACAGAAUUAUUCUGUAAAUCUUAUUUUAAUACCUCUUUUGCUACCAGGUAAUAAAUACAGUAUCUGCAUGUUACUGUAAAUAAUUACAAAAACCAAGACUUAAGUGUUUUGUUAUCUGUAUAUUUUGUAUCCUUUUUGUGAUUCGAACACUUUGAUUUUAUUGCAUCUUUAAUUUCUUGACACCCUGGAUUGUUCAAGGGACCACAAUAUGAGGUGUGUUUAAAGUUCAGGAAAUUUUGUAACCAAACAGUGCAUUUAUUUACAAAAUAUUAUUAAAUACUUACACAAUA